CUCCGCCCCUUGAGCGCUCUCGUAGCCAGCUCCGCGGGAGAGGAGAGGGGUCGUGGUCUCGAGGCCUCCUCCGUUCUUGGGCCGAGGCGAAGGCAUGUUCCCUGCUCAGGAGGAAGCCGACAGAACGGUGUUUGUGGGAAAUUUAGAGGCCCGAGUGCGGGAAGAGAUUCUUUACGAGCUGUUCCUUCAGGCUGGGCCAUUAACCAAAGUGACUAUCUGCAAAGACAGAGAAGGAAAGCCGAAGUCUUUUGGGUUUGUCUGCUUUAAACACCCAGAAUCAGUGUCUUAUGCCAUAGCUUUGCUGAAUGGAAUUCGUCUAUAUGGAAGACCAAUUAAUGUGCAGUAUCGAUUUGGGAGCUCUCGCUCUUGUGAUCCAGCUAACCAAAGUUUUGAGAGCUGUGUUAAGAUAAAUUCACACAGCUACAGAAAUGAAGAAGUCGUGGGCAGAACUUCCUUUCCCAUGCAGUUCUCUCCAAUUAAUAAUGCAGCUUUACCUCAGGAAUAUCUUUUCUUUCCGAAGAUGCAGUGGCAUGCAUAUAAUCCAGCACUGCAGCUUCCUUACUAUGAGAUGACAGCACCACUUCCUAAUAGCACUUCUGUGUCUUCCUCACUGAAUUGUGUUCCAGAUCUAGAGGCUGGACCCAGCUCUUAUGAAUGGGCACACCAACAACCAAGUGACUCUGACCCUUAUCAGAUGAAUAAACGCAAGAGGCAAAAACAAACCAGUGAUAGUGAUAGUAGCACAGAAAACAAUAGAGGAAAUGAAUAUAGCCAAAAUUUCCGAAAGUGUAAGAAAAAAAGGCGCUAGUAUUUACAUUCUAAUGAAAUGUAUCUACACUGGUCUUCAUUCUCUUAAAAGAAAAGAAAACUCUGUAUUCCACUAAAUGACCAAUUCCAUGGCUUUCUUGUCUUCUUUGAAAUAUAUAAUAAUAUGACCUCUGAUUUGCUAUUCAAUUUUUGUCUUGAAUGACAAAAACUUAAAAAUAAUACAGUGUGCUUUUUGUAUUUGUAAUGGUGUUGUUAACAAGAAAUGCACUUUGAGUUGUUAUAUUUUAGUAUUAUAAUGAACUUGCACUAAAAUAUUAAUCAAAAGUCACUUACUGAGCACUUUUGUAUUUUGUUAUUAGAAAAUAUAAAACUUUCCUUAAAAAGGUUAAUAUCAUCUACAAUCCUAUAUUAUUUUAAAUUAUCAAUUUUCCCAAUGUUAUAUCUUUGAGUUAAAAAUUAUUUAAAUUAUUUUCCUUCAGUAUUUAAAUUAUCUUUCCAAUUUUAACUCUCAAAAUCUAUUUAUUUAAGUAUAUGUGUACACAUUCUGCUUCAAAUGCUAGAAGCUUGGAAUUUGUGAACAAUCAUCUUUUUAUUCUCACACUCACUACUUUAUUUUGUAAAUGAGUUUCUGUAAUACUGAAAAACAAGGCAGUUGAAGAACAAGAUGGAAAUUACAUUUAAACUUGGUCAAAAAGAUGAAUGCAGAACACACCC